AUGCCGAGGUACCUGGUUCUCAGAAGAUCAGGAGUGCAUCGCGCUGCAUGCUUCGCGCUUUACCGUGCGAUCCUCCGGCAGAAGCACAAACUACAAUUGAAUGAACACCACCAGCACCUCUUUCGCAAGCCAAUACGGGCAAUUUUCAAGCGAAACUCGAAGCUCCAGAGCCCACCUCAGAUCUCUACAGCUCUUCAAUUGGGCUAUGAGACGCUUGACGGUCUUAACGAUGGCGUAAGGCAACAACGUCUUUUGAAUCGCAUCUUGGAGCUCGCUUCUCCUGCAAGCACGAGCGCGCAGCCCGAAGAUCUUCCCUCGUCACCUCAAACUAAGAUUGCUCCAGCGCAAAAGACUCCGAGAAGACAUGCAGCACGCUACCCUGGCGCCAGGCGUACCCUCGAUCGUCCAUUCUUUCACCUGUCCGGCCGCCGCCACGUUCCAAAGCUCAUCAACGCCAAUAGGGUGCCUUUCCUCCGGCUAAAGAAGCCCCAGCCUCCCUUCCUCAGCCGCGUCAUUCGCGAUACCGUCAAGACGCGCGAACACCGAAUCUUGAGAGCCGCGAGGCUGACCAGCGAGCUUCCAACCGCUGCAGAUGAAGACGAGUGGGAUGAAAUCCUUGACGAGCAAUUUGAAUCGGAUUGCCGGGGCCCAGAGGUACAUCCUUGGCAACAUGAAGUCCAGCGAGCCCUGGACUCAAAUCACAAAUUGCAAGUUGAAGCUAUACAAAAGCGAGCAGACAUUUCUGCGAAUAUGUACACCAUCCAGGAACAAGAGAAGGCGCUGGCAGAAGAGGAAAAGCUGAGGAUCAGAGACAAGAAGCAUAAAGCAACGAAGGCAAGACGGCUGGCUAGGAGAGGAUUGACAGAGUCAGAGGUUCAAGAGAGACUGUACCCAAAAAUCGAAGACAAGGAAGUGGCGAAGCAAGGACAGGAAGAAGCUCGACAGCCAAAGAUGAAACAGGAAUGGCGCCUAAGAGGUGGCAAGUACAAAACAUCGGAUGAAUUGAGGCGGAUCAAGGAAGCUAGCCUCCGGCCAAAGACGGAUGCAGAAAUAGCCAAGAUUAAAGAGGCAAGGGCCAGAAGAAAAGAAGAAGAAUCCGAAAAGAAGGCUGAAAAACUGAACCGUAAACAAGAAAACGCUUCUUUCUGGGAGCAGAAGCUCAAUAAAGCCAAGCAUUCCACGAACAAGCGACUGGGCUCGGAGAAACAGGCAAAGCCUCCCAAGCCCGGAGUAGUCAGACGAAAUGACUACGAAAGCAUACAACCACAGCCUGAAAUCCCACCGCUAUUGGAGGAGUUGGUCGAGUCACGAAAAGCAGCGGUCUGGCAUCAGGUGCAUGGUUGA